AUGCAGGCCCAGAGGAAGCAGCUACAAUCCAAGCCCACAGGACUGAGCAGCAUGAGCUGCUCUGACGGUCCCGGAGAGUGUCCCAUGAAGCCGUCCAGGAUGGAGGCCACCUUCACCCACCUGCUCAACCUGCAGCAGAUGGCCGCCAGCCAGUACCAGGUGAUGGCCGUGGACCUGUCGUCUUACCACGACAUGGCGAAGCAGCGCGCCUUACCCGGCUACUGCUGCGAGCUGCAGGACAUGGGCGACUUCUUCUCCGCGCUGAGCAGCAAGAAGACCAGAGACUACCAGCAGCUGUGGGACCUGCUGAAGAAACAUGGAGGCCGCUUCUUUCCUAAUCUCAGGAUUUCAGAGCGGGAGCGGUGCACGGGGACGGUGUGCCUCCUGCAGUACUCCAUGGAGCUAGAGAAGCACCAGAAAGAGGCCACCCGGGAGCUGUACACUCUGGCUUCUGACUGUGGAGACAUUGAGCUGUGUGACAUCUUGCGGUCAUACGUGCAGCAGGUGGAGAAAGUCCUCCUGGAGAUGGAACAGCACCUGGCCACAGUGGAACAUCUGAAAGAGACCCAUGCCUCCGUGUUCCAACACAUGUGA